AACAAAUCAGACGUGACCUUUAUAUCUUUAUAUGAACUUCAAAGAACGAGACUUGCUCAUAUUGCUGAUAGCUGAGACGAUAUGCAUCGACAACGACAGACGGUUCUAUGUGACCUCUGUUACUGGACUAUUAGAUAAUAGGUCACUAUAUAACGCUCGGCUAUCUCCAACUCACCAGUUAUGGAGCUGUUUAUUCUGUGUGUGUUGUUUGUGUCUGUCAAGGCUGGAUGGCUAGAGGAGCCUGUUGCUCCUCUAGUGAUGAAACAUGGCUACCCUUUCGAAGAACACGAAAUCGAGACUGAAGAUGGUUACAUCCUGACUUUGCAUAGGAUUCCUCACGGCAAGAACAAUUCUGGACAUGUCGGCCGGCCGGUCUUGCUGCAGCAUGGUAUCCUCUGUAGUUCGGCGUGCUGGCUUGUGUCGGAGCCAGACAAAGGCCUAGGGUUCAUUUUGGCUGAUAGCGGGUAUGAUGUUUGGAUACCCAACAGCAGAGGGAAUACUUACAGCAGGAAGCAUAGAUCUCUAAACCCGGAUAAAGAACCCGAUGCAACCAAGUUCUGGGAUUUUAGCUUUCACGAAAUGGGGUACUACGACUUGCCGGCUUGCAUCGACCACAUUCUUGGUUUGACAAGACACAAAAAGCUCCACUACGUCGGUCAUUCGCAAGGCACAGCCAUAUUCUUCGUCCUCGCCUCCACGAGGCCAGAAUACAACGAAAAGAUUAGACACAUGUCUGCCCUAGCUCCAGUGGCCUUCUUGGACCAUACGAGGGGGACAGUUCGAGCACUGACAUACCUUGUCACUGAACUAGAGAUCAUAGCGAAAGUACUUCAUUUACACGAGUUUUUGGCCGACCAUUGGUACAUCCAUAUGCUGGAGAGAAUUGUCUGCAGAGGUCAUACUUUCACAGAGAAAAUCUGCGACAAUGUCCUCUUUAUAAUUGCUGGUUACGAUUCUCAACAACUGAACAUCACUUUGGUACCGAUAAUCUUGGACUACACUCCGGCGGGAACAUCGAUAAAGCAGUUGGAACAUUUCGCUCAAAUAGCGAGAAGGGGAGAUAAAUUUCAACAGUUUGAUUAUGGCUACGUCGGGAAUUUAGAAAGAUACCAUCAACGUAAUCCACCAGAAUACGACUUGAGCAAAAUCACGACGCCAAUUAUGCUUCACUAUGCUAGCAACGACUGGCUAGCUGGAGUCAAAGACGUUCUGAAGUUGAAAUCAAAAUUACUUGACAGCGAUUCCAGACUGGUGCCAUUCCAUUACUUUAACCACUUGGACUUCAUGUGGGCUACAGAUGUAAAAAAACUAUUGUACGACGACAUGAUAAAGAUCAUGGCAAAAUACUGAAAAACAAAAUCGAACUUACAGAGAAAAAAUUUGGAAUACCUUUCAUUUUUAAUAAUUUCUAUAAUUUAAUAAUUUCGAUUUCUGAAGGAUGUUAU